GAAAACACACGUCUUUUUGUGUGUUUUCUUUUUUGUGGCUCAGCUAGCUUUCUGCAGGAAAUCUGACCAUCUGCAUCGAUUAAAGGCGGCUUCCAAGCAGUCGACCGUUCAAAGCGGAGGUGCAGGAAAAGCAUCAUCAUCCUCGGUCAUGGCCGGAAACAAAAACUGGGAUGGCGCCGGUGGGAUGGACCAGAUAACAGUCGUGAGAAUAGACGACACUCACAUCGCUGAAGAGGAGUCGCACGUCGACGGGAAGGUGUUCUACGAGGUGGAGUGCUCGCUGCCUGCGGAGGACGAGGUCGUGGGAGAGGAUGACGAUGACGGCGUCUACGUCAUCGAGUAUUCAAACCCUGAAGAGGAGGGGGAGAGUUACCAGUUCACGAUGUCCGUAGAUCGGUCGCUCCCAGCGAAAGAGCCGAUUGUUAAAACUCCGGUGGUCAGCGAGAACCCCGGAGCUCUGCUGCCGUCCAGACCGGCGAGGUUGCGACCUCAGGUGAGCCAGAAGAGGAGGUUGGUAACCGAGGAAGAGGAGAUCAAAAGCGAAGAGUUCACGGUGAGCAAUAAGAGCGUGCUGGCGCUGGGAGAGGAUUACAGCGACGUGAUGGAGAUGAACUCGGGCUCAGGUAAGAAACUGGUGUGCACGAUGUGCCCGCCGCCCGGCAAGCUUUUCAAGAGGGCGUCUGGGCUGGCGGUGCAUUUAAAGCAGAUGCACCACAUGGAGGGGAAGAAGACGUUCUUCUGCAACUCCUGCCAGCAGUCGCUCCGCACUCAGAUCGAGCUGGACGCGCACACGAGGCGCCACGCCAACCAGGACGCCGUGUUCGUCUGCCGCCUCUGCGCAGCCGAGGAGGAAGCCGGCACGGAGGAGAAGAAGGGGUUCAAAGGGUCCAGGUGGGGCCUGAAGAAGCACCUGGAGAAGGAGCAUCCAGGUGUUAUCCCGCGCUGUGACAUCUGCAACAAAGGCUUCAAGACGCUCGUGUCGUACCUCGCCGACCAGUUCCGGCACGUCGGGGUGUCGCCGUACUACUGCGCCAAGUGUCAGAUCUACGAAAUGACUGAGCGCGGUCUGAGCGUGCACAUCAGAAACCACAACAAGAAGAAGAUGACUGAGCAGAAGGCUAAUGAAAGCCGCCUGCAGACUUUUGAAGUCUCCGCCGGUGCUGAUAACUCGGCGACAGACGACUCCGACUUCUGACGCUCCAGACUCACCGUUUAGCUUCGUGUUCGAGUGAAGCGGCUCACAGACGUCAGGGUCAAAUCCCAUAUUUUAUGCAUCUGAACUGAACUUUGGGCAGAAAAACUUUCCCCCUAACAGUUAGAAAACCUUUUUUGUGUGUGUGCAGUUAAUGACCAAACAUGUUACUGUUUAAGUAGAAGUGUCUAAGAAUUAUUUGAAUUCCCUUCCUUUAUUUUCAAUUAGGGAUAAUCGUAGUUGAUGAAACGGGACAAAAAACUUGUCUCAAAGAAAAACGUCCAGGAAACGGUCAGAAUCAGCACAGGCGUCCAUUAACUACUGUGUGUUUAUUUAAAAGACAUUUUACACAUUUAAUCACAGCCUUCAGUAACCAUCUUUUUUAAAUGUUGCUGAUAUCUGUGGCGCACACACACAGUCAGGUUAGUCUUCUUACCUUGCAGGUUAACCCGUAAUGAUCACAGCUGUGCUUCCAUCAGAAGUGACUUCCAGGGUCGCCUCAAGUCUGUUUUUAAAAGAAAGUUAAGCAGCACAGAGCAGGCGAUUGGGUCAGGAAGUCAGAGACAGCAACAGCAUAAAGAAUUUGAUACAUUUUCAAAAUAAAAGAUCCUUUGAAGACUAAACGCUUGUUUCUGAAACACUCCCGCUGUGUAAGGUGGAUCAAAACUUCACCAAAGAGAAGCAGCCGCUGUGUUUCAGGGUUAAGUUUACGCGCUCAUUUUCUCAAACAAGGUGCUUCCCUGAACGAAUAGCAGGACUGUACUUAUGAUGGCCCCCUACAACCAGCAGGUAACUACUACUGUACAUCAAUAAAAUGAAUAUAUCUAAACUGGGACGUUUCAGACUGGGUAAAAGUCAGCUAGAAAAAAGGCCCAACGGUCCAACUUUGAGACAUCAGAGCAGGUUACAGCCAAUCUGGUGCAGUUUUCUAAAAAUCGCACUCUUGGACUAAAACUGAAUUUUCCAAACAUAAAUGCAGUUGUUUGGAGGCGUUAUUACAGAAACUUUCCAGGUGUAACUCCCAUUUCAUGAAGUGUUACAGAAAAAUAUAGCCGACACAAACAGACCCAAGCUUUCAGUCACAUCACAUGAUCUUUUUUUACAGGUGCUAAAAUAAAAGGAUCAAACACUCUGGACCAGCAAACAAAGGAAACACCCCAAACACUAAGACAUUUAAGCUGUUUGUGGAGGGAAAAUGCCAAAAGUUUGAACCUUUCACUUCACUUGGUGUGCGUUAUUUUUAUAUAUUACUGGUCAGCUGACCUCAAGAAGUUACGACAGAAGACACAUUCAAAGCUGUUCAUUUGCCUUUUUCGUUGAGUAUGUGUUAUACCUUUUGUGAAGGAGCUUUCCAAGGUGAAAAAGCUACAAAUAUUUAAAAAGACCCAAAAAACUUUAAAAUACACAUAACUUUGUGUAACAGGAAUACAGAUAAUUAGCAUUAAUGGUCCCUGAAUACUCAAUGUAGGACUCUUUUAGUGGACUCUGGCCACACAUUGGAAACCAAUGAAAUGUUACAGUCUUAACUGCGUUUGUGAAGUUUGUACUGAAAUAUGCAUCAACACUAAAUCAAGCAUAAAACUCUUUUCGAGGCUAAAAUGUGGCUUUUAAAGAGCCGGCCGUGUGUAAUUAAAUUGCCACAGAGCUCACUCGUUGCAGGAGCCGAAACCUUUCAAAUGUUAUUUUAAACUCAUCCUGUCAUAACUGUACGUUUUAUGUUACAGGAGGUGAAAAUCAUUCGAAUAUGAACUGAGUUUGCUGCAUAACACUGAAAAGAGAUGCAACGAGCUGUGUUAUGAAGCGUUUUAGUUUUUCUUCUUUUUAAUUGAAAUGCAGUGAAAUCGCAGGUUUGCUGUGUUAAUUUUUUUGCUUUUUUGUUCUUUGCUGUGGUGAUUUCAUUUUUUGCCUGCAACAUUGCAUUAAAGGGAAAUGCCACUGAUUCUUAGCGCUGCUGUUUUCUGUUCACAUUUUUACUCUGUAAAGUGAGUGUGGAUGAGUUUUUAUGCUGAAGGGGGUUUACAAGGUGCUUCAUGUGUCAC